GCCCUCCUAGGUGCCGGCCGCCAUGGCACGGGCGUCCGGCGCGGGGGAAAUCUAGUCCCGGGCUUUCUUGCGGCCUAGCUUGGUUCUGUCUCCUCCCCCCGCGGCCGCGGCCCCUGCCGGUACCCCAGCCCCACUCCGGGCCUCCGUGUCUCUCCUGUGAUCGCGCUGACACGGCCCGGGGGUUAGAAUGGAACAAACUGAAGGUUAAUAAGCUCCCUGGAGUUGAUUUGACUUCAUGCCAUUCUCUGGUGACUUUUAACCUUCCAGGGAAGUUUGUUCCAGAGCCGAGUCACAGAGGUGGCUAGGCCCGAUGAGAGAAAGGGACAGUUAAGGAUGCUGGAGCAGAACAAUGGAUUUCUCUUUCUCUUUCAUGCAAGGGAUCAUGGGAAACACAAUUCAGCAACCACCUCAACUCAUUGACUCCGCCAACAUCCGUCAGGAGGAUGCCUUUGAUAACAGCAGUGACAUUGUUGAAGAUGGUGGCCAGACACCGUAUGAAGCUACCUUGCAGCAAGGCUUUCAGUACCCACCUACAACAGAAGACCUUCCUCCACUUACAAAUGGCUACCCACCAUCAAUCAGCAUGUAUGAAACUCAAACCAAAUACCAGUCAUAUAAUCAGUAUCCCAAUGGGUCAGCCAAUGGCUUUGGUGCAGUUAGAAACUUUAGCCCCCCUGACUAUUACCAUUCAGAAAUUCCAAAUACGAGACCACAUGAAGUUCUAGAAAAACCUUCCCCUCCACAGCCACCACCACCUCCUCCUUCGGUACCACAAACUGUGAUUCCAAAGAAGACUGGCUCACCUGAAAUUAAACUAAAAAUAACCAAAACUAUCCAGAAUGGCAGGGAAUUAUUUGAGUCUUCCCUUUGUGGAGACCUUUUAAAUGAAGUACAGGCAACUGAACAUACAAAGUCAAAGCAUGAAAGCAGAAAAGAAAAAAGGAAAAAAAGCAACAAGCAUGAUUCAUCUAGAUCUGAAGAGCGCAAGUCACACAAAAUCCCCAAAUUAGAAUCAGAGGAGCAAAAUAGACCAAAUGAGAGGGUGGACUCCACGCCAGAAAAGCCAAGAGAAGAGCCAGUGCUGAAAGACUCAGUCUCGGUUCAACCCAUACUAUCUUCUGCCCAAGCCACAGAAGUAUCUACUGGUGUUAAGUUCCAGGUUGGCGAUCUUGUAUGGUCCAAGGUGGGAACCUAUCCUUGGUGGCCUUGUAUGGUUUCAAGUGAUCCCCAGCUUGAGGUUCAUACCAAAAUUAACACAAGAGGUGCCCGGGAAUAUCACGUCCAGUUUUUUAGCAACCAGCCAGAGAGGGCAUGGGUUCAUGAAAAACGGGUACGGGAGUAUAAAGGUCAUAAACAAUAUGAAGAAUUACUGGCUGAAGCAACCAAACAAGCCAGCAAUCACUCUGAAAAACAAAAGAUUCGGAAACCCCGACCUCAGAGAGAGCGUGCCCAGUGGGAUAUUGGCAUUGCCCAUGCAGAAAAAGCAUUGAAAAUGACUCGAGAAGAAAGAAUAGAACAGUAUACUUUCAUCUAUAUUGAUAAACAGCCUGAAGAGGCUUUAUCCCAAACAAAAAAGAAUGCUGCCUCCAAGACCGAAGUUAAAAAACCCCGAAGACCAAGAUCUGUGUUGAAUAUUCAACCAGAACAGACCAAUGCAGGGGAGGUGGCCUCUUCUCAGUCAAGUACUGACCUUCGGAGACACAGUCAGAGGCGGCACACAAGUGUGGAAGAGGAAGAACCACCCCCUGUUAAAAUAGCUUGGAAAACAGCAGCCGCAAGGAAAUCCUUACCAGCUUCCAUUACAAUGCACAAAGGGAGCCUGGAUUUGCAGAAGUGUAACAUGUCCCCAGUUGUAAAAAUUGAACAAGUGUUUGCUCUUCAAAAUGCCACAGGAGAUGGGAAAUUUAUCGAUCAGUUUGUUUAUUCAACGAAGGGAAUUGGUAACAAAACGGAAAUAAGUGUCAGGGGGCAAGACAGGCUUAUAAUUUCCUCACCAAACCAGAGAAAUGAAAAGCCAACACAGAAUAUAUCAUCUCCUGAAGCAACUUCUGGUCCUACAGGCUCAGUAGAAAAGAAGCAACAGAGAAGAUCAAUUAGGACUCGUUCUGAAUCAGAGAAGUCCGCUGAAGCUGUGCCAAAGAAGAAGAUCAAAAAGGAGCAGGUUGAAACAGUUCCUCAGGCUACAGUGAAGACUGCAUUACAGAAAGGUGCCAGCGAGAUUUCAGAUUCCUGUAAGCCUCUCAAGAAAAGGAGUCGCGCCUCAACUGAUGUAGAAAUGAGUGGUUCAGCCUACAGAGACACAUCUGACUCCGACUCUAGAGGACUGAGUGAUCUGCAGGUAGGCUUUGGAAAACAAGUAGAUAGCCCGUCAGCUGCUGCAGAUGCCGAUGUCUCUGAUGUACAGUCCGUGGAUUCAAGUUUGUCCCGAAGAGGCAUUGGAAUGAGUAGGAAGGACACUGUAUGUCAGAUCUGUGAAAGCUCUGGUGACUCUCUAGUUCCUUGUGAGGGAGAGUGCUGCAAACACUUUCACCUGGAGUGCCUGGGAUUCACAUCAGUCCCUGAAGGAAAGUUCAUGUGCUCAGAGUGUAAAACUGGGCAGCAUCCAUGUUUUUCAUGUAAGGUGCCUGGUAAAGAUGUGAAGCGUUGUUCUGUUGGUGCUUGUGGGAAGUUUUAUCAUGAAGCCUGUGUCCGCAAAUUCUCCACUGCCAUCUUUGAAUCAAAAGGAUUCCGCUGUCCCCAGCACUGCUGCUCUGCCUGCUCCGUGGAGAAAGAUAUCUACAAAGCAAGUAAAGGACGCAUGAUGAGAUGUUUGAGGUGUCCGGUUGCCUAUCACUCUGCAGAUGCUUGUAUUGCUGCAGGAAGCUUAUUCGUGUCCUCCUACAUUCUCAUCUGUAGUGACCAUUCUAAGCGGAGCAGUAAUUCUUCUUCGGCUGUAAAUGUAGGCUUUUGUUUCGUUUGUGCCAGAGGGCUGAUAGUUCAGGACCAUUCAGACCCCAUGUUCAGUUCAUAUGCCUAUAAGUCCCACUACCUACUGAAUGAAUCAAAUCGUGCUGAGUUGAUGAAAUUACCUAUGAUUCCUUCUUCGUCAGCUUCCAAAAAGAAAUGUGAGAAAGGUGGAAGAUUGCUCUGCUGUGAGUCGUGCCCUGCUUCCUUCCACCCGGAAUGCCUGAACAUAGAUACGCCAGAAGGCUGCUGGAACUGUAAUGACUGUAAAGCUGGCAAGAAACUGCAUUACAAGCAGAUUGUUUGGGUCAAACUGGGAAAUUACAGAUGGUGGCCUGCAGAGAUCUGCAAUCCCAGGUCUGUACCACUGAACAUCCAGGGCCUUAAACAUGACUUAGGAGACUUCCCUGUGUUCUUCUUUGGUUCUCAUGACUACUACUGGGUGCACCAAGGCAGAGUGUUCCCGUACGUUGAAGGAGACAAAAGCUUUGCUGACGGGCAGACUAGUAUUAACAAGACCUUUAAGAAAGCACUGGAAGAAGCUGCAAAACGUUUCCAGGAAUUGAAAGCACAAAGAGAAAGUAAAGAAGCGUUAGAGGUUGAAAAAAACUCAAGAAAACCUCCUCCUUACAAACACAUCAAAGCUAACAAAGUAGUAGGGAAGGUUCAGAUCCACGUUGCUGACCUGUCAGAGAUCCCCCGCUGUAACUGCAAGCCUGCUGAUGAGAAUCCUUGUGGCUUGGAAUCAGAGUGUCUGAACAGAAUGUUGCAAUAUGAGUGUCAUCCGCAAGUGUGCCCAGCUGGAGACCGUUGUCAGAACCAGUGCUUUACAAAGAGGCUCUACCCAGAUGCAGAGAUCAUCAGAACAGAGCGGAGAGGCUGGGGCCUCAGGACCAAAAGGAGCAUCAAGAAGGGUGAAUUUGUAAAUGAAUAUGUUGGUGAAUUAAUUGAUGAAGAAGAAUGCAGACUUCGAAUCAAGCGAGCUCACGAGAACAGUGUAACUAAUUUUUAUAUGUUAACUGUUACCAAGGAUCGUAUUAUUGACGCUGGCCCCAAAGGAAAUUAUUCUCGUUUUAUGAACCACAGUUGUAAUCCAAAUUGUGAAACACAGAAAUGGACAGUGAAUGGAGACGUCCGAGUUGGACUCUUUGCUCUAUGUGACAUCCCUGCAGGCAUGGAGUUGACGUUCAAUUACAACUUGGACUGUCUGGGCAACGGAAGAACAGAAUGCCACUGCGGGGCAGACAACUGCAGUGGCUUUCUCGGAGUUCGGCCGAAGUCGGCAUGUGCAUCCACAGCUGAAGAGAAGGCAAAAAAUGCCAAGUUAAAGCAGAAGAGACGAAAAAUCAAAACAGAACCAAAGCAGAUGCAUGAAGAUUAUUGUUUUCAGUGUGGAGAUGGUGGAGAGCUAGUCAUGUGUGACAAAAAAGACUGCCCCAAAGCAUACCACCUCCUAUGCCUUAACCUGACUCAGCCGCCGUAUGGAAAGUGGGAGUGCCCGUGGCACCAGUGCAACGCGUGCAGCGGUGCGGCCGUCUCCUUCUGCGAGUUCUGUCCACGUUCAUUUUGCAAGGAUCACGGAAAGGGGGCUCUGGUCGCCUCCGCACUGGAGGGCCGGCUCUGCUGCUCUGAGCACAACCCGUCAUCGCCGGUGUCACCAGAGUAUUGGAGCAAGGUCAGGUGUAAAUGGGAAUCCCAGGAUCGCAAAGAAGAGGCAAAGGAAUAAAUGGAUGGUGAUGCCCUUCCUGUUAGAGAUGAAAACGCAAGUAGAUGAUGUGUUUUAAGAAGAGACUGCUGAGUGCACAGCCUCUGCCCAUCAGAACUGCCUUAUCAAAGCAAAAACGGGAAACAAGUUUACGCAGGCAGAAGCAAUUGGUUGUGUCUUGUUUUUCUGUUUUGUUUUGCUGGUUUGGGAAUUUCUUUCGUGGAAGAUUAAAUUCCCUUGUUUGUUUUUUGGGGUUUUUUUUUCCUUGCCUUUCCUUGUGCUUCAGUGCUUUUGCAGCUGAGAAAAAUGUCUUCACUUUUAAAAUCAGAACAAAAAGAAAGAGUUUUGUUAAUGAGAUCAAUUUAAAGCUCUAAGAUGUUCCUAGGUUGUAUGGAGUACCAUCAUUCCUUUAUUUACUUUCAUUUUUAGGAGUUUUGAGAAGUGUAGUUCAGAUCGUCUAAUCUCAUGUACAUGUGUGUUUGGGGGGAAUUGGAGGAGCCCUCUAGAGAAGCGUGUGAUCACCUUCAUGUACCUCUUACUGAACAGUAGGUAGGCUGCCUUCUCUUUCCCUCAGAUAUUUUAUAAUCUCGGCGAAGAGCUCUCCCCGGGAAUUAUAUUGGUGUUACCUGUGUGGUCUUAAACCAGGGGGCUUUGUGAUCAGUACCUUUACCUACAAAGGAUAUGAUGUGUUUUCUUUAAGUUUUUUUUUGUUUGGGGAGAAAAGAAGGGAUGGGUGUGCUCCCUGUCAGUGACGGUGGGCUUCUCUGGGGAUGCCCUCUGCGGGAGAGCAGUCACAGCUGUCCUGAUGCUGACAAAGGCCCAGACCGAAAGCGGGAUUCUCUAAGCACCUUUUUCUGUUUAAUUUAGUGUAGAUCCUGAUCUAAGAAUUAUGAAUUAUUUUGUUUUCCUCUCUUAAUCAGACAUUUUCUUGGUCAGUUGACCAAUCAUGUUCCCUAGCAGAACUGCACAAGAGAAUUGGAAUAGAUUUUAAAUUGAGUUAAUUGGUGGGGUGAACCCAGUAGCGGCAUCUCCAGUUUAUAUGUAAACAACUUCUGUUUAAAAACUGUCCUCGUGACUAAGAGCAAGAACUGCUUUUAGAAGACUCACAAGAGUGGUCUGGGAUUUAGCUCAAUGGUACCGCGCCUGCCUCGCAAGCAUGAGGUCCUGAGUUUGAUCCCUGGUACCACAAAAAAAAAAAAAAGAUUACAAGAGCCACACAAAUGUGCUUCACAGUGGAAAGCACUUAGAGAAGCUCCCAAGCAGGUCCGUGUCAGCAGAAAUGGUUGCCGGAUGCUUGAGUCUUCCACCUGCAGGGAUCCCACUAAACUCACUCAGAACUAAUGCUUAGGAAUGAGUAUGUACAUUCCAGUAUUCCUCACAUGAAAGCGUGUGUAGUGUUAGACGUAACACUAUUCAGUAGAAGCCUAGGGUUAGCUGAAAUGAGCUUUACCUUCCUCUGUGAAUUCUGACUGCUUGCCAUUGCUGGUUCUCUUAGUACUCAGUACCUUACGAAGGCAGGGAAACUGGAUGUCUGCUGCACUCCCUCAGUAAUGUGAGGUGUGUCCUGUUCUUACCAAGGUGGAGCUGUUCUCUGGAAAGGAAAAAAAAAGCUGUGUUGUGCCUCUUUCUCUUUUUAAAUUAGAAAUGUGCAAUUAUACUGGAUUUUCUCUUGUAAAAAAACAGUAGCAACAACACUACAGUUCCUUUUUACUUAAGCUUCUAAACUGCCAUUUGCCUAAUUGCAUCAAUUAAUUCUGAGGUGACUUAUCGGUCACCCAGUAAUUCUGUUAAUCACACAUGAUCUAAAAAGAGCAAAAUGGAAAAUGCUGCACGUUACCAAAUCCAACUGCUCUUAGUAACAUGAAAUAUGGCUCACAGCAACACUAGACUUUGUUCUUGAGCAAUUACAUAGUUUGAUGUCCUUUUAAAAAGUAAUUUAAGAAAAUCUAAGUUUUCUCAUACUUAAAUCUUAUUUUAUAUAGAUAUCUGAUAAAUGUAUGGUUUUUUAAACUUAGUAACACAAAGAUUUCUUUUAAUAUUUCAAGUGCAACUUGUUGAAACUGUGUCCAACAUGAAAUUGUAUCUCUUUUGUUUUGGACUUUAGUGCUAUUUAAUAUCUGAUAAUUUUUAUAUGGUAAGCCAGGGUGUAUUCUAUAUACUGCAGAUACCUUAGGUUUAAGUAUUUUUCUGCAGCUUCUCGUUGUGUCUCAUUUGUUUUUAUAUCUACAACAAGAGCUCUGCAGAGACUUUUUUAAUCUUUUUUUAAAAUGACUAAUAGAAUUGUUCUGUCAUUUCAGAAAUCAAGGUACAAAACAAAAAUAGCUAACCACAGCUCUAAAAUCUUAAUGGCCUAAAAAGUGGUUUUAGUCAUGCUAGUGCCGAGCACGCUGCACAGCUCCAUGGUGUUGAUGUUACCUGGUUAUAUAUGCUGAAGUUGAAGGGUUCUGAAAGCAGAAAUCUGCGCUUUGUGUGUGCAUAAGUGCGCAUGUGCUGUGCUUGCUCUGACACUGAUGGAGCACUCCAGAAGACACACUUCUUACAGUCUGAUGUGAGAAUUUCUUAAUUUUUUAAUGCCAGUAUGUGGCCAGCGCUUAAGUGGUUGGUUUUAUUCUUGUCCAAAAUGAAAUAAUUUAAAGCAGCAUAGGAUAAUGGUGGGUGUGGGUUUUUUUCCCUCCUUAACCAGAUGUUAAUUCUUUGGAGAAGGAAGUGAACAUAAGAUAAAAAUUCUGUGAUUAUCAUGAUCUGUCAAAAGGUAUUCAGCAUAGCGCUUCAGAAGGGCACUGAGAGCUAAAGGGAAGUCCUGGGUGCCUUCCCGCUGCUGCUGCUGCUGCUGCUGCUGCUGCAGGCGAGGUGGGUGGCCCUGCACUCCUGGCCCGCUGGAGAGCAGGGGGACGUGGGCUCCUUUUCAUUUUGCUUUUCACAGGUUCCCACACUGUUGUAAUUCUUGCAGAUGCCCAGGCUGAGCUUUAGAAUAGUCUGAGUGUAGAUGUCACGGAAGCUUGGAGAUUUCUGUGUGUUCUAGUCAGGGACAAAGCUGAAAACUGGAAAGGUGGGGGUAGCUGAGGCCCGGUGUUUUCUGCCCACUUCCACGCAGUGCUUGGAAACCUGACUGUGAGUGGUGUGGAAGCGAGAUCUGAGGUGUCCGCCCUGGUGACGUGAUUCCGAUGGCACAGGCUGGUGGGCCUGACAUAGUCUGUUUUUUGAGUAGUUAGUGCGAUGUGUUCCAUUCAGGUCAAACCCAGACCUGCACUUUGGAAUCGGAUGUGCCAUUUAGUCAGUGUAAUCUCUGGAUUGCUCAGGACCUGUUGUGGGCCUUUUGCUUCAUUUUUUAAUACAAAGCUCUUUUAACUUUUACCCUCAAGUCAGGGUGCUGCCAGCCCCAUGCCAUAUCCUAACAAUAAGAAAACAAGAUGUCUUGGGGUCCUCAUAGCUCAGAAAGCUUGUGUGUGUUUUACCUGUACUUGAGGGAGACCGCAGUUCACGGUAGCCUCCAGUGACUUCAGAAGGCUAAUGCACCUAGCCACCCCUGCUUAUCCAAGUUGCUGCGGACAGGAAGUGAUCAAGUUUCCUGUUCAGCCUAAGGCCACUUAGACUUGCCUCUGGUUAUUUGCAAACAGAAAGUAGGGCUUGGUUCCAUUUUCAGAUGGACUAGGGAAUAGAUAUAAUCAGACAGCUUUGCAGUGAAAUAAUGAAUAUUGAAAAGUUGGAAUUUGUAUAUACUGAAAUCUCACCAACUUUUACUUGGGGUGGGGUACUGGGUCGAGGGAGGGGAAUGAUGUUUACCACAGGUACGAUGCAGUCACUUUAACUAACAUUGAGACCUCUGCCUCAUGGAAUUCAGGUUUUUUUUAAGUACUUGAAACUCU